AUGUGCACCUCUGCUGCACAAAGCUGCCUCGACAGCAUCAGGAGCUGGAAUCCCACUGGGUUGAAGGUGCUGUUCUCCAGGGAAGUGCACUUGAGAGGGCAGAGUGCCUGCUCUGCCUGCUGCCUGAGGUGUGGGAACCUCAGCGCAGAAUGGCUUAAAAAGUGCCCCUUGCUCUGGCUUAUCCAGGAUUUUGCAACAUUUAGCCAGUCAGAGGAGGGUUGGAUGUCUGCCUUGAGGUGUGAAAGUAAAGAGCUGGAUGUUGAAAUAAGGAACCUGAUAUGGAAGAGCAACACUUUGGAGUCAUCUGAGGACCCCAAACCUCUUGCCCAAGAGAGGCUGAGCCCUCAGAGAACUUCAUGUUCCCUUAAGAGCCACAGUGAAGGAAGCACUCAAGGCCAGCUUGGAUGCACUUGGGCAGGUGGGAGUGACAUGGAAGCUCCAGCAGAACCAUUGCAGUCAAGGCACACAUUACUGAGCAAAAAGAAGCCUUUAUCAUCCAAUUCUCUGGAGCAACAGAUCCUCACACUGGAAAGACAGAGACGAGAGCUUUUGGAGGUGAACAAGCAAUGGGAUCAUCAGUUUAGAAGUAUGAAACAACUUUAUGAAAAGCAGCUGGCAGAGAUGAAGGCAAGGCUGGAUGUGUCAGAGAGAAGAGUGAGUGAGCUGGAGCAGGAGAGGCACUGGCAGAAUCCAGAGGAGGAGAGGUGGCAAGUGCUGGGCAGAGAGAGGCUGCUGCAGGAAAAGAAAGAUACAGAGGUCCUUAGUGAAGCUCUGCAUGAAGUGAAGGAAGAGAACAGGCUCCUGAAGCAGAAGAAUGCCUCAAUGACCAGGAGGAAGGAAUACUAUGAGAGUGAAAUAAGUCGUCUCAACAAGGCCCUUCUGGACACGUUUAAAAAGCAGCACCCACCCGUUGUUGGGACUCCCCUAGGGAAGGGUGACAGGAACAGCAUUGAGGAGAUGAGAACCCAACUGGAAGUUCUUAAACAUCAGGUCCAAAUAUACGAGGAGGACUUCAGGAAGGAGAGAUCUGACCGAGAGAGGCUUAAUGAGGAGAAAGAAGCAUUGCAGAAAAUUAAUGAGAGAUUGCAAUCUCAACUGAGUAAACUCAGCUCUCAGACAAAAGACCUCCCAGCACAGCCUGAGAGGCCCCGUUGCCCAGCUCCACUCUUCCUCUCCCCAUGUGUCAGAUAUGGGGGCUGUGGAAUGGUUCUCCACUGUCCGGAUCCUCGGGCACAUCCAGUGCCUCGCAGGGCACAGCAGCAGCAGUGCUUGCCAGACUAUCAGUGGUAUGUUCCAGACCAGCUUCCGCCAGAUGUGCAGCACAAGGCAAAUGAUUCCCCCCUGGAGAAGGGAGCCCAUCGCUGACAGCCCCCGGCCUGGAGAAGCCUAAACCAAAGGCUGCAAGGGAC